AUGAAUACCAUUCGUAUCUAUUUCCACUGGGGAUACCAUUCACCGGACGAAAACGUCUAUUUAUUCGACGGUAAUCGUGAUGUGGACUACCUGUUGAACUUGUGCGAGGAACUGGGACUCUUUGUCUUGGCCGCUCCGGGACCUUAUAUAUGCGCCGAAACUCAAGGUGGAGGCUACCCGGCUUGGCUUAUUGCGAAACGCGACCUCAGAAUACGACAUAACCAGUUCAUGCUGUGGCGCAAGUACGAUCCCAAAUUCGCCGCCUACGAAAUUCAGUGGCUGAACCAUAUCCUUCCUAUUCUCGGCAAACACCAAAUCACCGAUCAGGCUCACGGCAAAAAGAGGUGCGUCCUCGCUGUUCAAAUUGACAAUGAACUAUUCGAAACCCUCGGUCAUCUCCUUCCUGUGGGUCUACGCGAUCAGAUGCGCGUGCUUGCCAAGGCAGCCAGAGACGCAGGAAUCACCGUGCCUUUAUUCACCAAUGACGGGUUUGAAGAAGGUGGAUGGAACCCACGCAAACAUGAAAAAAGUCAAGGAGCCAAGCAGAAAUUCGGCAUUGAUCUGUACGGGUUCGAUAAAUAUGUUGUCUUUCCUCCUUCCAGCUCACCAAAGACUUGGUUGAUCAAUGCAGAUUCUAUGGCCGAUGCGUGGGGCGAAUGGAGCGUAAAACAAAUGGAAAAAUCGAUGGAUGGCUUGGAAAAGAAGGUGCGCGGAUUUGGACAUGGUGCAGCCGAGUCGCCACUAUUUGUCCCCGAACUCCAAGGUGGAUGGUUUAACCAUUACCAAUUGAAUCAUACUUAUGAUACGAUCUAUAACUAUUUUGGCGAUCAUUACACUAAAAUUCUCGUGGAAACCUUACUGGCUCAAGGUUCAAGCAUGAUAAACCUUUAUAUGGUUUAUGGAGGUACCAACUGGGGGAUGCUUGGCGAUCCCGAUGUGUAUACUUCGUAUGAUUACUCGGCGUGUAUUCGGGAAUAUGGUUACAUGUCUUCUCGCGGCCGCUUGCUUCGGCAAACGAUUUUAUUCGCUCGUUCCUUCGAUCCUUAUUUCACCAAAACCGACCUGGUACAACAUGCUAGCGUCAAAACCUCCAUCCCUCAUGUAUUGAAUCGACAACGUGUGGCCGUCGGCGCCGAUCAAGCCGUGGAAUUCAACUUUUUCCGUAACUUUGAUCGCAAAAAGCGUGAUAAUUUCGAAGUCUCGGUCCGUUACAACGAUCAAGCUUUCAGUUUAGGCUGUCACUUGCCCUACAAAACCUCGUUUAUUGGCAUUGGCAAUUAUCAAACGGCCAAUGGUCUGCAUCUCAUUGUAUCCACCGUUCCAAUCCUUGCUCGCAUGUUACAUCCGAACGGCAACGACGAGGUCUGGGUCGUUGAACCCAACGAGAUUGGUGCGAUGGCGUUUAUGAAGAAAGCCUUGAGCAUGACCGGCAAUAUGCAAAACGAUGUGUGGCGGCAGGAGGGCCAAGUCAUGAUAUUGACAUUUGAAAAAACCAACGGAUGGACCAAACUCGCUACCACCACCGGCAAUCUCUAUCUUGUUGGUUUGACCGGUGAGGAUGCGAAAACACUGUACGCCGAAUUUCAAGAACCUUACUGGAAUCAGGGAGUCAAACGUUCUCCAGCUUUUCUUGCCUGGGGCGCAGACGAUAUGUUUUACAACCCUCAUGAUAAGCACCUGGAAGUCAAUUAUCACCCGUCGAAUCGAAAUCUUCAAGUAUUGUCCUUUGAUACGUCGACCGACCGUCGUUUACUUCACAACUUCAAGGGCGUGUACGAACAGCUCCCCCUGGUCCGUACCGCAGAUUUGAAACAACAUGCCCAUCAACAGUUCCCGCUGCCGAUUGUGGUGUCCUUAAGUCAUUGGGAAGCACGUCCCGUCUACUUUGAAAAACUACCUUGGCAACCGUUGAUGCACCGUCCUCAUGAUGGUCGUCUGACAUGGGACUCGUUGGAUUAUCAUUUUACCAGCGGCCAUACGGUGUAUCAAACAACGUUUCUUACGCCAUCUCAGCAACAGCCCAAAGUGAAAUUAUCCCUCAAUGCCCGCCAUCGCAGCACGGUGCUCCUUAACGGGCGCAUUGUCGGUGGCCACACUACCUAUUCACGCCAACUGUUUGCUCCCGGCGCCAAAAUUGGUCCUGAUCCAUGGUUCCUAGGAUCGCAUACUUACGACCUGUCCCCCUACUUGUCUCGGGAAGGCCGAUUGGAAAACCAGCUCGUCAUUCUGGUGAGCAACUUUGGGUUGCACCGCCAAGCUUUCGUCAUGGACGAUGUUCGUAACCCGCAUGGAAUCAUCAAGGCCACUCUCAGUGGACUUUCGCACAAUGAGACGCAGCGAGCUCAAGAUGCAUGGCAAAUUGCCGGUGUGGAUGUGCGCAAAUUGGAUAAUCCCUUUAAUACCGUCGGAGUCCCCGAUGAACGUGCAACAUUGCCUUGGACUCAAUGCAACGGUGUGCAACAGGAAAAAUCGAUGUAUCGAUUCCCUGUGCUUUUAGACGAUGGCGCACGAUGGAUGCGAUUCCGAUUUGAUCACGGCCUCAAGAGUGCUAGCGCCAGUUUUAAUAUUCCUCUUCGUUUGCAUCUGGAAGGACAAUGGACCGGUUACAUUUACUUGAACGAUCAUCUCAUGGCGCGUUAUUACGGCAACGGAGACAGUCCUCAGCACGACUUUUAUAUUCCGGAGGGAUGGGUGCAAAGGCGCAAAAACGAAGUGAAAAUGCUGGUUUAUACAUGGCACGACACCGAAGCCGAGAUUUCGAUUGCGGGCUGGCCUAUUGAUAUGGAAACAGGAAAUUUACUGAAGGAUCACGAAUCGGGACAAAAGGAAUACAUGGUAUGGAAGGAUCAAUUCCAUGUCAUUUAA